AUGUCGGGAAUUCCACAGGAUUCGUCUCAGAUUCCGAGAAAUUCAGGGCAGGUCUUGUCACAAAACGAUGUUCAAGUUCCUCCAUCGUUCUUGCUGUUGUGUGAUCUUGCGUCUAAUGCAAGGAAAAAUGUUCUUGUGCCGGCAUGGAGGAAAAACCCUAGGCGCCACUCUAAAACCCUACCUAACUCUCCUUUCGAGAGACCCGGAACCCAGAAAUCUCUUUGA